CAGUGCGCGAUUCGGCCCCUAGGAGGCGCUGUUCCCUAAGGGCGCUGCUCUGCGGCCUAGAAGCGAGCGCGCAUCCCCGGCCUGCGUUGGCAGAGCAGGCCAUGGGCGAAGCCGAGAGCUCGGCCGGGGCUGCGGCGGAGGGGAAGCCGCCUUGCCCCGCCGUGGGGCCUGCGACGGAGGAGGAAGCCGCGGCCUCGACCACCACCUUGACGACCACCGCCGCCUCUUCCGCGUCCUCCUCCAUGGCGACGGCUCUUCCCCCGCCUCUGCCGCCUCUCCCCGCGCCGCCCGUGGUCUGGAGCCCUGAGGUGGAGGUGUGCCUUUUCCACGCCAUGCUGGGCCACAAGCCUGUCGGUGUGAAUCGCCAUUUUCACAUGAUCUGUAUCCGAGAUAAGUUCAGUCAAAAUAUUGGGAGGCAAAUUUCUUCCAAAGUCAUUUGGGACCACUUGAGUACCAUGUAUGACAUGCAAGCGCUGCAUGAAUCUGAGAUUCUUCCCUUUCCCAACUCGGAAAAAAACUUUAUUCUCCCUGAAGAAAUUAUUCAAGAGGUAAAAGAAGGAAAAGUCAUGACUGAAGAUGAGAUCAAAGAAGAAGUAAAAGAAGAGAUGGAAUCACAUACAGGUCCUGAAGAAGUCUAUGCAUCCCUGGGAAACCUAGCAAAACCAGCCGAAAAGCCAAGCAGCAAGGAGAAGGAGAGGAGCUCCUCCGAAUCGGGAUCCAAAGAAGGAGGGGAUAAAAGGAAGCGGAACAGAGCCACCGAAAAGGUCUUAAAUGCAAACAGCAAUCCUUCCAGCCCAAGUGCUGCAAAGCGGCGCCGGACAUAAAAGCAGCAAAUAGAAGAAGACCAACUUGCAUUUGAACUGCAGCGCCCAGAAGGCAAAAGGUUUUGGGACCUUGAGUUCACUAGUGCAAAGGGGAAAAUGACUAGUAAGGGGACAGGUCUUAUUGGCAAAUAUGAGCUUGGUUUUCUCCCUUCAAAUCAGAUAGCUUCCUGAUCAGCAGAAAAAAGUGAACAUUUUGGAAUAAGGGGAAAGCUGUCUGCUUUACAAAAAUUAUGUUGACUGAGCAGAUCUGGUGGCAGCAGAUUGCGGUAACUCACCACUGCACACUUUAUUCAGCUCGAUUCCUAGAAUGAGCAUUUUUGGGGGGAAAGGGAGCCAUGGAUCUAAAAUGGCUGAUUUUAGCUUUGGGGGGUUUUUUGUGUCAUGAAGUGGAGAUGCUAAUUUUGAUGACUGCCGUUUGGUUAUAGCCAGCAGUGUCUGUCUGCUAGUUGUAUGAGUAGGCAAAAGUAGUUCCUGCUUUUGCCUACCCAUAAACCAAUUUUCUGUACCAAAUAUGAACGAGCCUUCUUGUGAACUGCACAUAAUGCAUAUUAACUGCAUUUUGCUUCUUUGUGACCAGUUUUGCCUUUCAGAAACUGGAGACGUAUAUAAUUUUAUCAGGUUGUAGAAGCAAAACAAAGACGGCAGUGUUUCUAUAUAUAAUAGUAUACCACAUUUCUUGAAAUGUGGCUGGAAUUCAUUCUUGUUUCAAGAGUGGAGGAAACAGGAGCCUUUGCUUCAAAUAUCUGUAUUGUAUAAAUCCCAGUGUGAAUAAUUCCAUUUAAGUCACUUGAGUGGGAAGCUUUUGUCAGACUGGGACAAUAAUGUAAAUAUGUAUUUUAUAUUUUUUAUUUAAUUCACUAGAGAAGCAUUAUUUUUGUGAGGAGUUCCUAAAUGGAGUUAAUUUUAAAAAUUGUAGCUUUCUUAUUACUUUCCUUCCAAAAGAAGUUUGAACUUUAAUGCAAGCAAUGUUAAAAUCUAAUUUCAUAUAUUGUUUCUGGAUGAUCUGAUAGGGAAAUGUCCUUGUUAUUGUCUUUAAAAUGCUCACUUGUUCCUUGAAAUGUAACUUUAUUUUGGUGGACCUAGAAAGCAUAUUUUUGUAAGAAAAAGAAUAAAAGAAGAGGAACGAAA